AUGAACUCGAAAUCGCUGCGCCGUCUCGCCGCUGACCAUGGCUCGCUGCACACUGCCGGUCUGCCGCCCAACUAUCUCUUCCCGCCCUCCCUAGCAGGAGAGCUCCCCUCAGACCUUACUUCCCUCGAUAUUCUGCUCGCAGGCCCCGUCGGCACUCCCUAUGCGCACGGCGUCUGGCGGUUGCAUCUCGAUAUUCCCCCUACAUACCCUACAGCACCUCCUACAGCCACUUUCCGCACGCGCUUAUGGCAUCCGAACAUCGACGAGGCAACAGGCGCAGUGUGCGUGGAGACGCUGAAGCGCGACUGGAGCAGCACCCUCAAGCUACGCGAUGUCCUAGUCACCAUAUCAUGCUUGCUCAUACAACCGAAUCCGGCGAGUGCGCUCAAUGAGGCUGCGGGGAAGCUGGCAAGCGAGGACUGGGACAGCUUCUGCCGUAGAGCAAAGCUCAUGACGGAGAUACACGCUGCCAUUCCUAGCAACAUCGUCGACCAAGUCAAAGAAGCUCAGAGCAGAGGCGACGAGAAAGAGGUCGUGGUAGAGUCCAAAGCAACGGAGGCUAAGCUCAAUGGUUUAGGCAAGGCCAAGACGACGCCCACGGCAACGAAAGCCCGCCCAUCUAGUAACGAAGACGAGGAAAAUCUGCGACAAGGGGAUACAAAUUCAAAGCCAGACAGCGAUCCGGAGGACGAUUGGAUACCAGGGCCUACCAAAUCGCUUGAGACACCUCGUGUUGGACGCAGCAACGUCUUUGGCAUCCAAGGCCUGAACAAUGGCAUGCAACUUGAUUCGCCCGAGAAGUCCAGGGUCACGCGUAGCUUUCCGCAGAUUGACGACUCCAGCUUGUUAGAGGAUAAGGAGAAUGAUGAUUCAGACCCGUUCAUUCAAGAUCCCUGGAAACGUAUCGCUCAGCAGUCUUUCAGCCUCCGCCUUCCUGCCGAGCCAAAGUCCGCCCCCGAGGUGGCAGACACUCCCGAACUCCUCAAGUUUGCCGGCAAGAACCCCUUCUCCGUGAUCCAGCCGAACAAUCAGAGACACCCUCUCCUGAGAGAGUUUUCAUGGACGUGGGAGGAGUCUGAGAUCAUGCAUGAGACGGGCACCAUUGAGAACGGCGAGUCUAAACCGAACAUGCGGAAGAGACUGGCCUCUGAUGAAUUUGAGAAGAAGCACAGGUGGGAGAUCAAGAAGUUCAAAAAGGCGGGAUAUGACUUGAAGAAGUACAAUCGCGGUGACUUCGGUCCAAGAACGGGCAUCCGCAGAUUGUGA